AUGCUUGAAACCUUCCCCCAACCUGCAAUUCUUGCUACUAUCAAAGCAUUUAAUCGGAGCGGAAAAGAUGUUAAAAAGCUAGAAAAGGAUUGUGUUGAGCUUGGACAACAGUUUGAUUUAGCACGUGACCAGUUGCUGUCCCGCACUACCCCCACUAACACAUCAGCCGAAGAUGAAGAUAACAAGGAGCCUCCUGAAAGUUUCACCACUAUUUCCAUUAUUCCUCAAAAUGAGGAUCUGGUAGGUGGUCACAAGCCAUUUCUGAGACCCAAUAAAGUAAAGGGUCCAUACAAAGGGUGGGACCACUAUCUUGAUGUUCAGUUUCGUCUUCUGAGAGAGGACUUUAUUGCCCCACUCCGUGAGGGGAUCAAUGAACAUUCCUCUGAGCACCAAAGUCGUGGAAUUCGUUUCAGAGAAGGACCAAUCUUUUUUGCAACAGUAGUAAAGCGGGAUACAAAGCAGCUAGAAGAAGGUCGUCUUAUAGUGAAGUUUGAAGGAAACACUAGUGGGUUCAAUAUAGACCCUGAUGAUGAGUAUACAAUGGUUGAAUCAACAGCAUACUUUGAAGCAUAUCGACACGUUCUCCUUGCCCUUCAGCAUGCCUCACUAUUAAAAGACACCAUGCCUUUCAAACGCUACAUUGUAGACUGCAAGCUCCACGAUCCUUCCCCUCCCUUAUAUAUUCGUAGGUAUAAUGCACCUGGUUUUAACCUUGCAAAGGUUCUUAAAUGUGAAGAAGCUGACAACAUUAAUGUCACUGAUGAGAAAAUGGAUGUCAUUUCUCCUGAGCAUUAUAUGCAAAUAUCCCAAGGAAUGGUAACUGAGCCAGGUAGAGAGCUUGAAGUGUGGCUUGAUCUAUGGAAGCCAACUGAAUACCAUGAAUACGACGACUUUAAUGACGAAGAUGAAGAAUAUGAGCAUAUGCACACUUAUGAAUCACCCCCGAGAGACGAAGUAAAUUUAGAGGAAGAAAUGGUUGUUGUCGACGAAGAAGCGACUAUAUUGCAAGAGGAAAGAAUAAUAGAAGGAGAAGAAGUUCUGAUUCAUUAUGAUAUCUUCCAACAAUUACCAAAGAAAAACCAGAGAAAGAGAAAGCGUGGAUCACAAGCAUGGAACACUGUCCAAAUCAGUGAAAAAGAGAGAGAGAAAAGGAUCCAGAAUGGAUUUCGAUAUAAGCCUAUGAGAAGGAGACAAACCGAAGAGAUUGAAGAUGUACGCUUACUUAAAAACAAGCAACGUUGGAAAAUGUAUCAUUACUGGGUGCAGGAAUAUCUGAGAGUGAUUAAACAGGAGUUAGAAGGUCCUGCCGAGGCCUACAACAAAGCAUGUAGCGACUACUCCCAAAUGAAGCAGGAGAUUGAUUGCCAUGUAGCGAGGGGAGCCGACAUCAUUGGCAUGACCACUACUGGAGCAGCCAAAUACCAUCACAUCCUGAAUAAUAUUCACCCAAAGAUUGUGAUCAUCGAAGAAGCUGCUGAAGUCUUUGAGUCUCACGUCAUAACCUCCUUACCUCCCUCUGUGCAGCAACUCAUCCUCAUUGGAGACCACAAACAGCUUCGACCCAAACCAAACCACUAUGAACUUGAGAAAAAGUAUAAUCUUGACGUCUCCCUUUUCCAGAGGCUUAUAGAGAACGGUAUUCCUCAUGUUACCCUAACAGUCCAGCACAGAAUGAGGCCAGACAUUGCCUCACUAAUACAUCCAGCUAUCUACCCUGAGCUACAAAACGGACCACGAGCAAUUAAGCAUGGGCAACACAAAAUAGCUGGAGUUGGUCACAACCUUUUCUUUAUUCACCAUGAGAAUGAAGAGGAGAGGCAAAACCCCAAUGAGUCGCUUAGUCAUAAAAAUAUUCAUGAAGCUGCAUUCAUGGUUGCCUUGUGUCGCUAUCUCAUCAAGCAAGGCUACAAACCAACACAAAUCACUCUUCUCACCAUGUACAGAGGUCAACUAUUGGAAAUGAGGAGUAGAAUGAAGAGAAUUGAAUUUGAAGGUGUACGUGUUGCUGCCGUGGAUGACUUUCAAGCUGAGUGUCCACCAUGCACAGCUAAAUGCUCCAACUACUGCCCUCACAGCAAGUGCCCAAAGAAUUGCUACGAACCUUGUGAUCCCUGUGCAGAGCCUUGUCAGUGGAACUGCGACCAUCUUAAAUGCACCAAGAAGUGUGGAGAGCUGUGCAAUCGUCCACGAUGCGACAUGCCGUGUCUGGAAAGGCUAGAAUGUGGCCAUCAAUGCAUUGGUCUUUGUGGUGACAAGUGCCCCAAACUGUGCCGUGUGUGUGACAACGAUAUGGUCACAGAGAUAUUUUUUGGAACGGAAGAUGAACCAGAUGCCAGAUUCGUUCAGUUGCAAGACUGCAAGCAUGUCUUUGAAUAUACCGGCCUUGACCAGUGGAUGGACAGGGAAGAAUCUGAGGAAAUACAGUUCAAAAAGUGUCCUCGCUGCAGCACUCUCAUGCGAACAAGUUUGCGCUAUUACAAUGAAGUGAAGAAAGUUCACAAUCACUUUGAGGAAAUCAAGAAAAAGCAGCUUCAGAUGUCAAACAUUGGCCAAGUGCUAAUAACCAAAUUAAGGGAGCUAAAAUCAAAGGGAGGGAAAUGUGUGGAAGUUACAGCUGAUGUUAAGAGAAUUGAGUCCCUAUUGAGCCCAGGUACGCGGCCUCGCUACAUUUUGCCCCACUGCCUGAAUGCCAUUCAGAACCAGAUGGUAAUACUACCAACUAUUAUCACUAUGUACAAUGAGUUGACUCAAGUAAAGCAGAAGAGCUGGCAACUCAUUGAUUGCAAUAUUACAGUUGGCACACUCAAUCAAGAAUUAAGAUGUGUGCAGAAGUUUUUGAUGCAAAAGUCGCUAACUGAUCAACAGCUCAGUGAUAUUCAAUGUGAAAUACAACGACUUAACUGUGUAAUUCGUCUUUUUAGUAUCCACUCACUUUUAAAGGAAAGAAAUUGUGAUGUUACACCAGAAGACAAAGAGAGUCUUGAAGUAAGUGUAAGUCAAGUAUAUUGCAGUGGAACAAAAGGCACAGCUAAAAUGUCUGAAUAUCUCGCUGAGGUAACAAAUUCAUUGAAUACACGUUUUAAAAAAGAGUACAAGCUUGAAGGUCUAACAGACGCUGAGCGCAUUGAAAUAGUUAAUGCUAUUGGUCUUUCUAAGGGGCGAUGGUUCAAAUGCCCGAAUGGACACUAUUACUGUAUUGGAGAAUGUGGGGGAGCAAUGGAGGUGGCAAAGUGCUCUGAAUGUGAUGCCAAAUCGGAGGAACUCACCACACUCUUCUUGCAGAUAACGUUCUUGCACCAGAGAUAG